GCGCAGCAAGAAGUCGCGCCCGCGAGUUAGUAGUAGUGUUAUGAUCCAUGGUCUGUUUCGUCAUUUCACUUUGUGUCAGGCUCAUAAACUGCAUUUUUGGUGUUUGUUGUACUUGUUUGAGACUUACAUCAGUUCGUAACAGUUAAGGUCUAAAAUGGUUUUGGGGAGAAUAAUUGAUGCUCACCAAUUAUCUCAACUGAUGUCUUCCCGGAUUUUGCCGCAUUUAAGCUUAUUUAUUUUUUAUUUCAGCAAGAUUUUUUUCUUCAUUCUGGAGUAAUCAUCAGCAGUGAUUUCGCUGUUCCUCGCCUUCUGGCCGCCGUGGCCGUGCGGCACGCUCCCGCCCCUUCGUCAGGAUUGAGACUGGUGCUGAAGCUGACGAGAAUGAGGAUGCGGACGAUGAUGGCGGUGAUGGAGGAGCAGCGCUGACUUUAGUCGCUGUUUUCUCUUCCCCCCCUUUUUUUCCCCUAUUGACAUUUUUUUAAUAUGGUCAUUUAAAUCAGGGCGUCAUAGAAACAAAAAUAAUAAUAAUAAAAAGCAGAAACGCUGUCGAUUUGACCCAGCCUGCCUUCACCUCCCUCCAAUCUCCUGAGCUCGGACAGAGAUGGGGAACGAAGCGAGCAUGGAGGGCGGCGGGGAGCCGGGAGCCGCAGGGAUGAUGGGGUCUGCUAUGCCCGGUGGACCCGGAACAGGACCGGGGCCAGGACAGCAUAUGAAGCCGGUCAACGGGGCAGCUGCCGGGGGAGGAAUGGGAGUCGGAGGCCCUGGCAUGGGGAUGGCAAGAGGUCCAACGGGCCCGAUGGGUAGUCCAAAGCCAGGAAUGCAACAAGGUGGACAUGGCGGAGGAGGGAUGGGUGGAAUGGGAGGAGGGAUGGGAGGAGGUAUGGGAGGAGGAAUGGGUGGAGGAAUGGGUGGAGGAAUGGGAGGUGGGGGGAUGAGUGGGACGGGAGGAGGAAUGGGGGGAAUGGGAGGAGGAAUGGGAGCAGGCAUGGUAGGAGGAGGUAUGGGGGGGAUAGGAGGGGGGAUGGGAGGAGGAAUAGGGAGUGGGAUGGGAGGAAUUGGUGGAGGAGGAAUGGGG